UUCCCCGCAUUCCACAUUUUACAGCUUCUCCGAAACCAACAUGGCACAGUGGCAAUCUCCUUUGGCCGGCUACGAGAACGCGGAGCCUCUCCCUGACACUAUCAAUCCCGACGGCAAGUCGCUAUACAACCCUCCCGGGCCCAAAUCGGACGCCUACGACGAGUUCCCGAAAGGCUUUAAUCCUAACAAGAACGGCUUUGACUUCCAUAUCUACUACAUACCUUCAUCGAAGGAGGAAACACAAUAUGCGAAGGAGCUGCACGAACGUAUCAGAAGAGAAUUCCCGGAGCUCCGUAUCUACCGUUUCUGGGACAAGCCUGUUGGACCUCACCCCACCGCGAUGUUUGAGGUAAACGUGUUUGAUCCACAUCAGACAGGCACCCUCUUCUCCUGGCUCGCUGUCAACCGUGGUCCCUGCGAUGUUCUCAUCCACCCGAACACAGGAGAUGCCUAUAGGGACCACACCGAGUUGGCGACUUGGAUGGGCCGGAGGUGGCCCCUGUUGGAUAAGAUGCUGAAGUAAUAUGGCUGACACAAGCCUUAACAGCAUACGUCAUCGUGUAUGACUUACAUGCAUUUCAGUCUUCUUUGAAUCUAUGUGAUGCUUUGGCUGCAAACUG